ACCCCUCUACACCCCCCUACAAGUAGGUACACCACCUUGUUAUGAAAUGUCAUCUGUGAAUUUUAUGUUUUAAUUCUAAUAAAAAUAAAAAGUGAUACACUGUUUUGUACCAUGCACGAAAUAAUCGUCAACUAUAUAAAUUAAUAUAAUAAGUCUGCUUUGUGUUCAUCGGAAAAAAAAAUUGUUAUAAUGGCAGAAUGGAAACAACUGAUAACUGAGUGGCUAAAUGAGUAUGCUGCAUUACAAGAAAAUGAAAUAAAGAGUUUUGCUGCUGAACAUGAACACAAUCAUGAAAUAGCAACCACCAUAUUCAACCUGUUCUAUGCUGAAGAAGAGAGUGAAGCAGCUACACCAGUUACCCCACCCACAUGUUGUAGUAAGUUACAAAGUGAGCCACAAAAUGAGCAGAUAUUAGAGAAUGUUUGUACCCAGCUAUUCAGCUUCUACAGGUCAAAAGAGGUUGAGUUACAAAGAUUCACUCUACAGUUUGUUCCCACCCUUAUUUAUAACUAUCUAAGUUCUGUAGCUCAAGGAAACAAGAAGACAUGUCGCUGCAUAGAAACUUUAUUGAUUGGAUUGUAUAACUAUGAAGUGGUGGAUGAAUCUGGAAAACCUAAAGUGGUGUCCUUUAGACUACCAUCACUGGCCCAAUCUUCUAUAUACCAUGAACCUCUAUCAUUGGGAUCCCAGUUUCUAACAGAGAGUGCAUUAAGGAGAUGGGAGGACUGCAACACUAAACUAGUGAGUUGGGGACCCCUGCCUCAAGUUGAAGUCAUCAAUGCACAAAAUCGUUUGAGAGUCAUGUCAGCAUUGCUCUUCAUAUACAACCGUCAGUUGAGUUUGCUGCCUAAACUGGCUUUACGUCAUUUCUGCAUUGCUAGUUCUAGGAUAGUAACGCAAGGAUUUAAUAAGAAAACCAGUGGUUCAUCAGGAAAACAAAUAUCGAGAAUACCAGUGACUUCUAAUUUCUUAUUGGAAAUGAUAGAAGGCUGUUACUUUGCCAUGUUUAAUGAAUUUUACACAUUGGCCUAUCAAGCUGUGAAAGAUAUUGACCAAAGAGCAAAAUAUGAACUGUUUCCAGAUGUGAUGUUGGUAUCCAGUGCUGUGAUAAACUCCUUAAAAAAUAACCCUUCAGGCCAACCAAUGGAUGGUCCUAUGGGUAUCAGUGUAGCAUUGUCUCCGGCUACCACUACAGUCACUAUGUCUAAGUCAAUGAUUACUAACGCAUCAUUCCGCACGAAGAAGUUACCUGAUGACAUUCCUAUACAAGCUGGACAAGUAGUACCAACAGACUCAGCAGACAUGCUUACUUCAAUUAUUGAAGAGUGUGAAGCGGAAGCCGCCCCCAUACAGCGGGGUGCUGCCGUCCGGAAUUCCAAACCAAAACUAAGCUCGUUCCCAGUACUAGGCAAAAAGGCGAAGGAUGGAAAAGAAAAAGGUGCUGCUAUGGCCGAAAAAAAGGUUACUCUCAAGGAGUCUUCUAAAGGUAUAUGGAACUCACUUAGCGGCGGCGGGGGUGAUAUGGUAGAUGCGCAGCAAAAGACAAAUGUUAACGAUAAUUCCUCCGAAGCCAAUGGUAGUAUGAAAGAUGAAAAGAUUUCAAUGACUUCUAUACUUAAUAGUACUGAAAAUUCAGACACUCGUUCUCAGGUUACUACUGACUCUCUUGACAUGGAAACAACCCCGCGUUUCGCGGCUAUGCAAGUCAGUUCCGUGUAACUGAUUGUCCAUCUUUUAUGACCUCCAAACUUUAAUGGUUAUGCAUAUUACUUUUAUCAUGUAAUGUGGUACUUAAUGUUUCAAGGUGGUAGUAUAGUAAUUUAACAUGCCAACAUUCCUAUUGUGGAGAACCUUGAUGUUAAAAGUAUGGUUACGGUAAACGAGUUAAAUAAUAUAUUCAAAUAGGCUUGUUAUUGAUUCCAAUAUAUUUUCUUUAGUUACCUAAUUACAGAAAUAAUGUCUAUCAAACGUGUUAUAAAUUGUUGUUUUUAAUAUAUAACAAAAUUUAUCAGGUAAUAAAAGUCUUCAGUAUUU